GUGAAGGCGUCAUAAGACAAGCAGCAGGCUCGCCACAGGCGGCGACUUCAACCUCCUCUCCUUCUCUCGGCUUUCACGCGACACACAAACUUCAACAUUAGACAAAAGUUGAGCCUCCGCGUCGUGCACAAUUGAUCUCGAUACAUUUGUAUGCCGUUUACGAAGGCUGCCUUUAAACUCCAGCAUGACAAGUUAACCCGAGAUGAUUGCCUCGAAACAAGGUUAGAAAGACAGCUAUAGCAACAGUUGUUUUGGAAUAUCACACAGUCAAGUUAGCUCGAGUCUAUCAUUUUGAAACCCCGGUUUUGCCUGUUACUUCGUGUUACAAAUCCUUGACGACGUGGACUUUUUCAAUUUAAAAAAAACAACAACCCAGAUUGCAAGCAGUAGAACGACUGUUACUCACUGAGCUGGAAUUAUAACGACUUCUCCGUGAGAAGACUUUCAAAAAUUGGGCGCCUACUCCCUGCAGAGAUAAAGGUGCUGAAUGGCCUCUGUAGUAGCGGUGAAAACUGAGAAACGAACUGCAGCUGACUCACAGGAUGCAGAUUCAAAUGGAAAGAAGCCUAGGAAGCUGCUGCCCAGCCUUAAGACAAAGCAUGCCCCGGAGCUUGUCUUAGUGAUCGGCACCGGGAUAAGCUCCGCCGUGGCUCCUCAGGUCCCAGCUCUCCGCUCCUGGAAAGGUCUCAUACAAGCCUUGCUGGAUGCCGCCAAUGACUUUGACUUGCUCGAAGAAGAGGAGAGCCGACGUUUCCAAAAGCACAUGCAGGAAGAUAAAAAUUUGGUGCACGUGGCUCAUGACCUAAUUCAGAAACUUUCCCCGAGAACAGGCAAUGUGCGGUCCACAUUCUUCAAGGACUGCCUGUAUGAAGUGUUUGAUGAUUUGGAGUGUAAGAUGGAGCAUGCCGGGAAACAUCUUCUGCGCUCCGUGCUGCAGUUGAUGGAGAGUGGCUCGCUGGUCCUCACCACCAACUUCGACAACCUGUUGGAGAUCUACGCGGCCCACCAAGGCACCAAGCUGGAGUCUUUGGAUCUGACUGACGAGAAAAAGGUUUUGGAGUGGGCUCAGGAAAAGCGGAGGUUAAGUGUUCUACACAUCCAUGGUGUUUACACCAACCCGUGUGGUAUUGUGCUGCACCCCGCCGGCUACCAGAAUGUGCUGAGGAACACUGAGGUUAUGCGUGAGAUUCAGAAGCUGUACGAGACCAAAUCGUUUGUUUUCCUGGGCUGCGGUCGUACCGUCGAUGACACGACCUUCCAGGCGUUGUUCUUGGAGGCGGUCAAACACAAGUCUGACCUGGAGCACUUCAUGCUUGUGCGGCGCGAAGAUGUGGGGGAGUUCAAGAAGCUACGCGACAACAUGUUGGACAAGGGCAUCAAGGUCAUUUCCUACGGGGACGAGUACUCUGACCUGCCCGAGUACCUAGAGCGGCUGGCCAACGAGAUCUGCUUUCGAGAGGUUUCAACAAAUGACUGGGGGUUUUAAAAUGGGGGGUGGGUGCAGCGGAACAGCUUUAACACUCACAAAUACCUCCUUCACGGUUAGGACUGAUUGCUUCUUCUCGCUGACAUCAAGCUGCGGCCACAUACUAGAUUUCCACUGCAGCAAACAAGAGACUGAUCUCUCCCUAUGUGAGGGUGAGAAAGCCAAAACUCUUUUUGCUUCUUCAAGGUCAAAGGAACUGCUGAUGUUCUCAUACUUUCAGAAAGCUUGCUUCAUUAACAACUUUACUGAAAUUCUUUUUUUUUUUUUUUUUGUCUGUGCCACAGACCAUUGCCAUUGAUGUUUUGCAUUUCCUUCCAACAAAGGUUCAGUCUACUGCAAGUAUAGUAGCUGAUUGCCUUAACAUUGUGGCUGGCCUAUGUAUGUCAUUUUCUGUAUAUUGUUAUUUAAAAGGGAAGUUGAAUUGAAGUUUGGGACACACCAGAAGAUGUAUAUGUACUAUAUGCAUCACAUUGGCUGGUGUGGGAAGGGAAUCUUACUUGCUCUAUAUGCGCAAACAUGCACACGUGACGAGGUCCAUACAUUCAACAGAAUUGGCAUCUGCCACACGUACCACAAGAACAGGGUAAUGUUUUCCAUUUACACUGUACUGCAUACAGACUGGUAUAAAUUUUUGUACGUCAUAGACAAGUCCAAUAACUAUGUUCCUUUUUUUUUUUUUGCAAGGUGUUAAAACUCCUGCAAGUAGAAACUUGCCACUCCUGUGCAGACUUGUUCUUUGUAAGUCUUUUGUAUUUGAAACUACUCACGUGUGUUUGUGACAUAGUAUUUAUAAGUGCUAUUUUCAAAAUAAAGCUUUUGGUAUCCCA